UGGAAAAGAAGAAGAAAAAAAGACGUGGGUAAUGUACCUUUGCACUGCGCAGCUGACAGCUGAAUGAUGAGUUACUUCAAUACUGUAUUUACCUAGAGCAAUGUCAGUAACAAUUCAGACAGAAGACGUUUUGACUAGAGCUCGGGUAUGGGAAGAGAUUCAGGUAAUCGAACUAGUUUAUUCCCCACGAAGUGGUCGGUAUUUGAUAAUACAUUUGUUGCUCAUCAUCUAAGGAUGGAUGCUGGGGUGCGAGGGAUGUGGUCUAACCUUUUGGAUCAUAACGCAGCCCACGAAGCCUUUGCCGUCUGGACAACGCUAUGACGAGGUCUGCUAUCGCUUGUAACCA